UACAACGGCUAACGCGUCAGACGAGGACAGUAAUAACCACCAGUAUUAUACCCCAGAGCCCGAGAACGAGCAACAGUACCCAACGUUAGCAGAAGUUACAGGAGCAAAAUAUUACCAACAAAUAGAAGAAAUUACUAGAACUGUAAGCAACUUCGCAAGAGAAUACCAAAAUCCGUUUAAUCAAAAAGUGCCGCCAGUAGACUUGACAGAAGUAUUCAGAAAUCUGAAAUUUCCAGAAGUUCAAAACCCUGAAGGAAACGAGCAGAUAACCCUCGCAAACGAACAGGAGGAAGGAAAUAAUCAAGUCAGAAAUCCAGAACCAGACCAAGAAAACAAUCAGCCUAAGGACAACGAGAAUCAAGAUCAAUCCGACGAAGACGAAGCUUUACCUAAUAUUGUACCCCAAAACAACCCCCCAGUAGUAGCGGAUAAUUUACCACCACCGUCUCCGGCAUCAUCGAAUAACGGCUCUCAGCCUGCCACUCAACCAAAUUCACCACCAGGAACACCACCACACAGCCCUCACUUACAUCCAGCUCAACUAGACAACGAAGAAGAAGAAAUGGCAUCAGUACCAUACCCAGUCUUCGAUGGUACCAACCCCAAAGCAUGGCUUGCGCAAAUGGAUAGAGCUCUCAAGGCUAACGGAGUAAGAGAUGAUAAUGAUGACAAGCGUUUGGGAAUUGCUGCAUGCCAUAUGGGACCAUAUCAAGAAUGGAUUGGCCUUUCAAAUCCACCAAUAACUCGUUGGACCCAUGCUGGAAAUCCACAAGGAUUC